ACUAAACGGUAUAUCGUCACACUUCCAGUCCGUGCAAGGUCUAAAAUUACGAAGCAGAUCACAGACUCGUUCGUGUAUUGAACGGCUUCAUCGCACUACGUGUCGAUAUUAAGUCGCUGGCUGUUGUGUGAUUAUGGGGCUGUUUUACGGGAAGUGCACCUCCACCGUCAGGCUGGAUGGUAAAACGGCUAUUGUUACCGGUUCCAACACCGGUAUUGGCAAAGAGACCGCCCAGGACUUCUUUCAAAGAGGUUGCAGGGUCAUAAUGGCCUGCCGCAACCUUCAGAAGGCCAACGACGCCGUCGCCGACAUAAAGUCGAGGUGCGGCGAGAAAGCGGACCUGGGCGAACUGGUCGUGGCCGAGCUGGACCUCUCCAGCCUCCAGUCGGUCAGGAAGUGUGCCAAACACCUUCUGGACACCGAACGGAGGAUCGAUUUGCUGAUCAAUAACGCGGGCGUUAUGAUGACGCCCCAGGGUAAGACUGUCGAUGGGUUCGAAACGCAGUUUGGCACUAAUCAUCUGGGGCCGUUCCUCUUCACGUUGUUGCUGUUGCCCAAGAUCAUCGACAGCAAACCUGCGAGGAUUGUCAACGUUUCCUCUUUGGCACACGAAAUGGGAUCAAUGGACUUUAAUGAUCUGAUGUACGAGAAGAAAAGAUAUAGUGCAUUAGGAGCAUAUCAGCAGAGCAAACUGGCCAACGUCCUCUUCGCCAAAGAGUUGGCAAGACGUCUUGAAGCCGCCAACAUCCGUGGCAUCACCACGUACAGCCUCCACCCGGGCGUGAUUGCGACAGAGCUGGGCCGUCACCUGGGCAACACGUACGUGGGACUGGCGACGUGGGUGUGGAACAGUUUCAUGCCGUACUUCGUGAAAACGCCUCUGCAGGGCGCCCAGACCACCAUCUACUGCGCAGUGGACGAGAGAUGCGCAGACGAGACCGGUCUGUACUACUCCGACUGCGCAGUCAGGUCGGCCGCGAAGGCGGCCUUGGACGUGGACGCCGGCAGGCGGCUGUGGGAGGAGAGCCUCAAGUUGGUCGACCUGAAGCCGGAUUACGAUCCCUUCGGGGCCAGUCAGUGAUUUGGGCGGCUCUGUUAAGACUGAUGUUACUUUUAAUGAAUGUCUAAAUGUGGCAACUAAAUUGUAUAAAUAUAUAAUCUUGUAAGGACGGUGUAAAAAUGUGUAAAAACUAAGAACUGUGGAACAAAAACGAAAAAAUAUUAUGGCUGAUUAAAUGUUUCAAAUCGA